GAAGCGAAGUUCUUGCGUUUGUUCCCAUUGCUGAGUGCAUUUUUCCUUCUCGCUACUCCGUGAUUCAGAGAGAUACUCCACCGACGUACGGCGCGCACUCACCCCUGUAUUCGCGGCCUCGUAAUCGAGGUGUGCGCGCGUUUUAUUUUGAGACCCCCAGCACGUGACGUCCAGAGGAAACGGUGGUUCUCGGGAUUACCAAAUUUGGCUGAAAUUCGAGUCGGCGACCUCCGGCUUGCCUAAUAUGCACCGAAGCGUAAUGGAAGCAACGCGUUUUGAGUACGAGUGCGCGCUCGAAGUGGUGGCGCAUUCAGAUAACGGCGUACCGAGCUUGUGGACUUCGUACUGCGCGGUGAUUACCGACGUGCGGCGAAGUCGUGUGUUGGCGUCGGCUGUGUUGACGGCGCGGCGAAGUGCGGCGAAGUGAUUGGUGAAGAAAAAAAAAGUGACUCGGACGCAGAGGGACAGUUGGUGUUCGUUGUUGCGUCGUUCACAAGCAGCUAGGAAUCCCAGUAAGGCCUGCAACUUGGCACCGAUCCAUGGGGCUCUGGACGCCAUGACCUGACGCAUGCGGAGUGGGUUGGGCUUGCUUAGCGAAUUGGAGCCUACAGCAAAGAUGACUGUGCUAGAUUCUUCCUGCAGCGCCCUUACCAAAGAAAGUCCGUCGGCUGCCUUAACUGAGGCCGGUGCCGCAAGCGGAGACGCAGCGGGCAGCAGGCCAGACAAACAGCGUCACGGUAGCGCCGGAUACUUCCAGCAACUCUUCCAUGCCCCCAAUGGCAACCUGUUCAGCGUUCUGUCACCGCUGCAACAGCGCAGCGGCCGCGGCUGCACCAUGAAGCCCGCGUUCCUCUGCCGCCAGCCGGCUCAGCAGAUGGGCCAGCGUGCCACGCGCAGCCGGAGCGGCCGUCGCGGAGGUGGUAGCCGCUGCCUGAAGUUCCACAACUUCAUCCCUUCCGAGAGCAUCACCUCCGAGAAGGACGAUGGCUCGCACGACGACGUGUGGAAAGUGCACGCUGAGUGCAAGCUGCAGGAGGAACACGGCACCAAGCAGAUCAUGGUGUCCCAGUGGUCCGUGUCUUCGACGGACGCCCCGCCGUCCUCUUCAGCUUCCUCCUUGGUCCAAGCAGCGACGGAGUCUAGGCACCCAGCCGUCAACGACGCAACGGCCACGGCCGAGCUCGACAAGUCGCAAUCUCAACUGGCUUCCAGACUGCGAGCGGAGGUGACGCGACGUCAGCCCCCCUCGUCGACUUGCCCGCCGCCUGCGUCCAGCCCCACCAACAAGGCCGCAGACGUUUCAGGACCGAACACGGACGAAGCUUCGCCACACCCUCAGCAGCAAGGUCAAGUUACUAACCAGACGGGACUCGUGGUCACUGCGGUCACUGCUCCACCGGUAGUGGACGAAGAGGUGCUUAGGGCGACACCCGGGAGUUUCGUACCUUCCAGAAACAGUGAACUUUUCAAUGAGCUGGCAUCGUCGUCGUGCUGCUCCGAGGACGUUCAGAGCAGGACCGAAUCGGCACCCGCUUCGCCUGUCGGUGGUGUCGACACGAAUGCUGACACAUCCGGCAAGCAGUCGGAAAUCCUCUUCGAGUGUUUGUCCAAACGGCACCGAAGAAAGCCUUCGCAGACUCGCAGGGUAGUCCCUUACCGAAAGUACCUGUCUCUCUUGGAGAAUGAUGAAGCUCCUGGCGUGUCGCACCCUCUGGACUUAUCUAUGAAGACGAGGGCACGCGCAACAGCGGAUGACACUAGUUCCACUGUCAGCAGCAGCGGUAGCUGUUGCUUACCGCCAGUGGUGUGUGGAGCGUCAUCGUUUGUGCCCUGUUGCUUGCCAGCCUGUUCCUCGCAGCCGUACCUUCCAAGUGUACCUUCAGAGCACUAUCAUUUCCCCUAUCAGGACCUGAGAACAUCCGUGCCUGGCUGCUUCGAGAAGUCUCCACUCCAGGUGGCAUUAGAAGCACCUCUCACAACUCCACCCAGCCGUAGACUCUUCAGCGCUUUCUCUCAGCCGAGUGGAGUUGCCUUGGGACACCAGUCUGCGGUGUCCGUGCCCACAGUACCUACAACCCAGUUGCCAUUUGGCUAUGCCCUUUACUCAGCACCGUCAUCUUCUGGUGCUGGUGUGAAGCCAUCGCACCCUCUUCAACCACAGUCCUAUACAGACUGUUCGGGCAGUGGCAGUCGGUCAGCACUGAUGGCAGUUCUGCAGAAUUGUCGAGAUCCGAGGACCAGCAGUGCGCACAGUGCAAGCCCGUCGCCUUCGGAAGCACCCAGGGGUCUUCGCAAACCGAGCCAGAGGUCACUGAUUAAGCAGAAGCUGGAAGACACGUUCAAGCAGAAUGGCUUCCUUGUCAAGACCAAGCAAGUGUCGGAUGGUGACGCCACCUUCUGCAAGUUCCGUCAGCUUCGCAAGUACACGCGCUACUACCUCAAGAGCUGGCACCACCACCUUCCAGCCGAAGUGCACAAGCUCUGGAAAGGUUUCCUUCCUCCAAAGACAUUGCCCGGUCCUGGAGGCUCUGGCGAAGAUGCGCCCAGGGAUUCCUCGCAUGGUUCUCUUUCCUUAACACAAUAGUGCUGCGCUGCAGUGCUCCAAAUUUCAGAAUCACAUGGAGGACGACAUGUUUCUCUUGGUGUGUGACGGUGUUUAUCUCGGUUAAACUCGAAUCAUCUCGGUGCUACGAAAGGCCCUGUUUGAGAACAUUGCCAAACUUAUGAGUGGACAUGCUCAAAAAAGAUUUUGAGGGAGAAAUUUUGUUUUUCUGGGGAUCUCUUAUUCCCAUUUGUCUGCCAUACAGUGUGACUGUGUGAGCUUUUGCAGACUCUCUAGCUCAGUAGUAACAGUCUUGACAAUUUUCAAGCCUCAGCCAUGUGCUCGCUGUGUCCCAUAUAUGUGAAAAAAUGUUCUUCAGUCGCAUGUUGAGCCUCAGAACAAUUUAUUUAUGUGGAACAUGUCUAGCACCAUUUUGCACUUACAUAAACUUGUCUUUAUAGUAAAUUAAUGCGUGGUGCUAUUUAUGUCUCAAUGAUUUUGUUCUUGUUGCUGUUUAAAGUCACUUGAAGCGUGGAUUGUGUUCAUUAUUGAGGAAAAGAAGAUGGCACAUGCACAACAACAGGGACAAAAGCAAAGGUAGCACCACAGCGCUGAAUUUUUUCAGCAUUUAUUGCCAUCAUAUUCAUCCCUGUUCUUAUGGGUGCUCCAUUUUCUUUCUGCAGUGAUGCACGAACAAGCCCAAAAUCAGCCUUUAAUUAUUGAGCCAUGACAACCUUGCAUUUCAAUUUCCCGAAGUACCUGGUUAUAGUCCUGUCAUAUUCUUCAUGAACUUUUGCAAAUGUUAUAUUGUGGGUAAGGUCAUACCAGCUUUAAAAUCUGCUUGUAAUGUAAAUCAACUUGCUCUAAAGAUCUAUUUACCUAGUCCAUGUUAGACGCAUUAUUCUUGGCCCAACCUUUUGCGUUCUGCUGUUUCUGUAUAAGUGAUUGUACUGUUUUUGAUCUGGUCAACAUAGAAGAUGUGCAGAAGUGAACCAUUUUUUUUAUCACAGUUCAGCAUAGAAACGCUGUGCUUGCUAUGACCAGCAGCUUUAAGAAGUGCAAGUCGUUUUGUUUGCUACAAUGUCAAUUCUACCGUCACUUUAAUUACUUUGUAACUUAUGAUGUUAGUGCAUCGCCUUUUUUCAUUUGUUUUUCAUGCAACCUAACAUCUGUAGAAAAUGCUUACAGUUAUCCCUUAAAUGGUGGCUGAACACUGGAGAGAAUAUCUAUUUUUCUAGUUAUGUGCUAGUCAAGCUUAUCCAUGAAAAGAUGUGAUUGACAAUGAAUUGCAUCCACCAUUUCAUAAAGUUUGAAGUUAUAAUAGUUAUGAUAAAUGUCAUGAACAGAUACCCUGUGCUAUACUUAACAUAGGCCCUUGUUUCAUCAUUGUUGCAUUUGCCUCGAAGGUUGUGAACUCCAUAGCUCUAAAGAGUUUUAUUUGUCUCAUUGCCGACUGCACAUAAUAUGCGUUUCACCAACACAGCCAGUUGCUUCUGCGCAUUUCUGAACAAUAUUGAGUGUAGUAAAUGAGAGAAUGUUUCGAAGAGGGUCCAGACAGGUGUAAAUGAGAAUCUAAAUAUAGACAGUUGGACGCGUAUGCUAUUUAGUGUUGCAGCUAAUGUGCAGGCAUAUGCUCAGUCUCACUUGUGCAAUACUUGUGGAUGCUUUCACAGCAACGUACCCAGGAAACAGUUAAGAAUUGAAGAAUAGGCAGGGAGCUGUGAAGGGUAUUCUGUUUUGUGGCUGAUUCACGAGCAUCUAUUCAUAAAAAAAAAGAAAAAACACGAGGCGGCAGCAUGCCUAGGGUUCACAAGCCAACCUCAUCUAAAGCCACUCUCCCCUCAUUCCUUCUUUCCGACUGGUUUUUCAGUGUGUAUCGGACUGGGAAUUUCGCCUAGCCAGAGUAUGAAAAUAACGACAGGAAAGUGGAACCCUCAUGAAACUUGCUGCAAGCAUACAAAGUGCUUGGCGUUGACACACCCAGCAAACAGUGAAGCUUGCGUGUAUAGGCUUUCAACAGCAAACCUCACAAAUCUAUUCUGAUAUUUCCCAUUUCAAGCACAUUAGCAAGCUUCUUGCUUCAGCUCAAAAAAGUGAAGUUCAGGUUGCCGUAUCAUGACACCUGAUCUUUGCCAUGUGUUAUGUAGAAAUUUCUCCCCAGGACCUCUUAUGUGAAGCCCUAAUUCAAUGCUUGAUGUCAUAUCACUAAAUGUUUGCUGCUAGUUUCUGCAGUGCAUUUUUUUCCAUUUAAAAAUUAAUUUUCCAUGCUGUGCACACGUUGCAAAAUACAGUGCUGUAUGUGACACUUGCAAGUCUUUGCUUGUGCCUUCAUGUCAUUCUGUAAAUGUGCUGCCAAUUUAAUUGCUGUCAACUUAAUCUGAUCUACUUACCUUCAACUCAUAUUCGAUAUCCUGUCAUAGCUGCUAGUGGUGCUCUGUUAUGCAGGCAUUUGUGAUAUUGGAUGUAACAAAGUGUUUCAAGAGGAUAAUUCGAAACUAUAAGGAUGUCCUGUCCUGCGUGAAUUGCUGGUUUUUAUUUGCACGGAUCUUUGUACUGUGCUUGGGAGUUGAGGGGGGGGGGGGAUUUGCCAUGGUGAAAAAAUGGUUGCCUAUGAGACAUCUCAGCUGCACCCCACCCCUUCACAUUCGCUCAUUCAUUAUGAUCAGCUGUCUUUCAUGUCAAAAUCUUCCUAAAAUUUUUCGAAUAUAUGGAAAACAGAAAAUGCAAUUGCUAAUUGGUGCUGCUGACUUAAGUGGCUGCCAUUGCUCCAAAUUACCUCCCACACUAGUCUAGUAGCUCCGAGGCAAAGAACAGCCAUUCGUCCAUAUCUCAAUUCGGUGAACUUUGUAGGCCUUGUUCUGUAGGCCUUGGAGCGCUUGUGGCAAUAUGCCAUCCAUGACAUCUGCUCAGCUGCCUUCACUAGCUUUGUUUCACACUGCACAGCUAUGAUAACACUGUGAUCUCCAUUAACGUAUGUCAAAGGCACCUGUGUUGUGAUGAUGUUGCUGCUUGGCAGACUAGUCAGAAACAGGGUGCUAUUUCUGGUUGUUAGAUGUUGUACAUAAUUUCUUGACAACUUGCAGAAUUAUUGUCAACGUAAAAACAACUAGCAGACACUUGCCUCCACAAGAAAACAAAGCUUUCAAAAUUAUGCAUGAUCUGCCCCUUUGGAAUAUUCUGCAGGGUUCACAUCUGCAGUGCUGAUGCAAAUGCUGCAAGCCUUCAGACCAAGCUACUGCUGUCUAGGAAGUAACGUCUCGUGCCUGUAGACCAUUCCUAAUGAGUUCUAUGAUGAGUGUCAUUUUCACUGCAGCGCUGGAGCUUUCUAGUGCUUUCAUUAUCAUCUGUGGAAAGUGAUGAUCAAAAUUAUCUUUAGGAACAAGGUCAUGCUUUAAUUCCUACCUGCAGAUGAGGUGACUACCCAGAUAAAAGUGGCUUGAUCUGCUGGGACUCCUAGCAGCAUCUGCUUCUGUGUUGUCGGUUAUUUUUUACAUAACUUUUUUGUGAAAUAUCAGUUAUCAAGAAAUAAUAGCUCUGAGUACAACACAAGUGCUUUCUACUAUUUGUGCGGCUGUUUGUAUGCUAGUUGCCUUUUGGUCCCAGAAUGUUAUUUACAGGCUGUUAUUCAGGGGCUCUAGUCGAAUUAGUCCUUGUUGAUUAAUAUGUAGUUAUUUGCAAGCAUUUUGGUUGCACCUCAAUAUAACUUGGUCAUCCUAUCUUCUCUGGUAAUGUUCAGGUUCAGCUGGGUCCGGAGACUUUUCCUUCAUGUUUCUUCAUUGUUAUUAAGUAGCUGCACUUGUGCAAACACGUUUAAACCAUGAUUCAAAAUGAAAUUCUUUUCACAUUUUUCUAAUCUCAGGUGCUGUUUUCGGUAAUACAUUUGUUUUGUUAAAAGAUUGUAAGUUUCUCAUGUGUUUAAAUAUGUGAUCAACUUGCUGUGGAUACUAUCGUAAGCAGGCGGCGAAUGAUAGCUGUACUGUGGCUCCAGCACCAUUUGCCUGAUUUGUUGUUGGCACUGAAUAUCAUUUGCGCACUUGUACAUAACGUCUCGUGCAAGCGACAGCCAUAGUGCCUUUGAGACUGCUAUUAACUUAUUGCCAAAUGUCUUUGUACAGUCCAUCUUUUUUUUUCUUUGUUGAGUUUUUGUUUCGGAAUUGUUUUUUGUAAUGUUAAGUUUUCUCUGAUGUUUUAAGAACAGUGUGUCUGUUCAUGUUCUUCGACCCUCCACCUAUAGAAUGAAGUGUCGAUCACCGACACUUGAGGAAUGUUUUAGUCACCCAUUGUAUAAAUAUUGUGUCCCACCAUGUGAUGAUAUUUUUCUAACGCAUGUUCUUUCGUUAUGUUGGUCCAUUAGGCUGGUCACAAAGCCCAAAAAAAGAAUACUUCAUAAGCGUUGUUGUUAAUAAAUGUUUCCUU